CCGAGAUAGAGGGGGUGGAGGGAGGGAAAUGGGUACUGGAGGGAGGGACUAAGAAGGUAGCGGAGGGGACACCAGAGGUGGUAGUAUAGGGGGAUGAGGGGGUUACGGAGAACGCCAGAGAUGACGAAUGAUGAUGUAGUAUUCGUGUCGGAGGGGGCGACGGAGGUGCAGAAGAGUAAGAAGCAUGCUAAUGACGCGUCAGAUGGUCGAUAAGAGAUCGAGAUUACUGUUACAGUACAUCGUUUCCCCAUACACGGUCGAGGUGAAGAGAAGGGGGUUUGUGGAUGGGACGUUCUCCAAUCUUUUUUGCGAUGUCGACCCGGUCAGACAGAAGGCGUUCGAUGAUUGGUUCAAAUCCCUUAAGUCUAAAGAUAGCUAUACCAUCGGCUGUAUGAUCGUGCCCAAUGCUAAAAAGUGGUUCGAAGAUGUACUGACAACCUUAGUUUGGCUCGCCGAUGAUCAUAUCGACUUGGCUAUGGAAUUGUUACGCGAUCGGGCUCGGAGAUACCCAAGAUCUUAUGACAGUCCUAGUCGAGUUAUCCUGAGCUCUGAGUUUGUUCGUGUCGUAGAUAUUGAGCAUCACGAGCUCCUAAGUAAGGGGAAUGAAUAUGUUCUGUCUGAGUACAUGCUGGAGUGGGUGAUUGGGCUACAGCGGAGGUGCGGAAAGCCGUGGACGGAUUGUACACAUGUGUACAUUCCCGUGAUCGCGAACUCACAUUGCUUUUCAGUGGAGAUCGUAUUUGCUGAUUUCACUAUGUAUGUGUACGACUCUGAUCAUAGCUGUCUGACACAAAGUCAACCGGAGCAAAUACUGGAGCCAAUGGCUGUGAUCAUGCCCAUGAUGGCUUGUUAUGCAAUGACUCGAUUAAAUGAUAGAUUAGCCAUUGUGCGGAACAUGACGACGACAAGACAAGAAAGAUCGUAAGGAUUUAAAACUUUUUAAUUUUAUGAUUUAAUUUUCAGUUAUAUGUUAUCGAACUAAUAUAUUCUUCUUCGGUUGCGGGGAAACUGUGGCUUAUUUGCAAUAAAGUACAUAGAGUUUUUGAGCA